GUUGACAAUGUCCGCACUGUCCGCAAACGGACCCCUCCCUAAUCCACCCUUCUCCCUCUACCUCUUCCCCUUGAGCUUCUUGGUCUGGUAGAAGUAGAGUGAAGCCUUCGACCCAGCAUAGUCCCAACAUGGCCUUUUGCAGCAGCUCCAGCACUCAGUCUAGAUUUCUCCUCCUAGCUGCCCUUGCUGUUUGUGUGGCUUUUGUAUGGACAGAAACCAUUGCUGAGGUUUCUCCCACGCUACAGAGUGAUAACCAGGAUACACUGUCUGGAGGGGGUGCUCCCAGUGAUGUCACCACUAAAGACCCAUUUCAGGUCCAGACACAGAGCUCCUUCACUGAAUAUGAGGACAGUACAGACACACCGACUGUGGAGGAGGAAGGUGUCCUAGGACCGGGUGCCAUCACAGCCAUCGUCAUCGCAGUGUUCCUCGGCGCCUCCGUUCUCCUUGCCCUCAUCGUCAUCACACUCAGAAAAUUCAUUGCCUCUUAAGAGUGGGACAACUUCCUGUUUUAGCCCCUCUGUCUCUCAUUUCUCUCUUAUUAUUGUCUCUGUUUUCCCCUCUCCAACUUUCCUUUGUCCUCUUUUUCUAGUAGACUGUUGAAGACAUAUCUGCAUCCUGGGCCUCUUAGGCAGCAGGUCCCUCAUGAUUACGGUUGUAGUUGGAUUGUGGGUAGGGAACGCUGGUGCUAGUUCUGUGCCAAACAGGUCAAGUAGACUUAGCCCAGUAAUCUGUUUGGUGUAAGUGGGCUUACUUAGUUUGUGAUGAUGUCAGCAGACUCCUCGCUGUAAUGAGAGGUGGGUAGAUAGACAUAAGGCUUCUGGCAGGUUUUUCCAGUGUGAAUUCAUAAGAUUAUAGAUGUUUAUAGGUUUACCAAUGUUUUCUAAUUAUCUUACAAAGUAUAACUAAUAUUUUCUCAUGGGUUUUUUUUUCCUGAAUGUUUUUUGUUUGUUUUUAACCAUGAGUCUUUUAUUUUGUAUUAUUGGCAUGUAUUGUUACCUGCUCUGUAGUGUUGAGAGGAAAGAGAAAUGACCUUUUUAUGCUGUAUGCUAUGACUUACUGUGCCCAUUCUUUCUAUAAAUGUCAUUGCUUGUUCAUCUUUUUCCAGUGCUUAGGUUUGUAUAUAGUGGUCUGAAUCUUCUGACUCCGACAUAAAUUUGACACAGUGCCAUCAACACCUACAGGGUGAUUUUUGGAAAAUAAGGCCUGGAGAUGAUUUCCAACAUUUGUAUGACAUACUUGCAUAAUGCAUGCUGGGGAUUACAGUGAGGGAGCAAUGAAGAAUGAUAAAACAGAAACGAUAUAAAAUAGUGAAUUGUGUCAAACUGAUAAGGCUCAAAAUAACACAGCGCUGACCUACUGCUGGCCAAGCAAUGUCCACGUUUUUAUACCCAAACGUUUAAGUCAACACGACUUUCACUAGAACAGGUCAGAUAUACAGACAACUGUGAUCUUGAAGACCUUUAUUUUUUGUGCUCUGCUCCUUUCUCACUAAUAAGACUUGGUCCUGCGGUUUUCAGAAGUCAGUAAGGUCUGCUUCACAACAAAGUGAAUUAAAAACAACAUUUUCAAUUUAUUUAUCUGCUCACAUGUCUAGAUUUUCUUUGUGGAUUUAGUACGUGUGUGAAGAAUCAGUGCUGUUGAAGUAUUUUUGGCUGAUUGACAGUUGUACAGAAGAGGCAUAUUAAAGAACAGCUGGACAGUUCA